AUCUCUCAGACACUCUUUCUGAUAAAACAGAAAGAAAAUAAAGGUCAUUCUCAGACGACAAAUAACUUCAAACAUCCGCCAUCACCGCUCUCGUUAACCCACGUGUCUCUCCCAAAUGGAUGCGCCCUUCAAAUCCUCCUCGUCUUCUUCUUCUUUUCAUUUUCACUCCAACAACUCACUCCCACUUGCUCCUCCACUCUCACUCUGAAAACCCAAAAAAACUACAUCUUUAUUUUCAUUCCCAGUUCGAAAAGAGAUCCAAAGCUUUAUGCUUGCAUAACCCAAAACCCGAAAAUGUUGAAUUUCUUUGUGAGGAAAGAUGUCAGGAAGAUCCUCAAACGCAAGGAUAGUGAUGCUGGUGAAAGAGGAAAAGCUCUUGAAGACUUGCGGUCUUCUCUGUUCAAUGUUUUCCGCUCACCUGAAGGUGCAAAGCGUCAACAGCAACAAUUAUGUGGCCCUGCAACUGCUCUGACAUUCAAUUUUGUAGUAGCUGUUGGUAUAAUUUUCAUGAACAAAUUGGUGCUCAAAGUUGUCGGGUUCCAGUUUCCUAUAUUUCUUACGUUUAUACACUAUGUUGUAAGCUGGUUAUUGAUGGCCAUUCUGAAAUCUCUGUCUAUCCUCCCUGCAUCUCCCUCAAAAUCGGCUCGCAUAUCUACGUUAUUUACUCUUGGCUUUGUUAUGGCUCUAUCUACUGGCCUUGCUAAUGUUAGCUUAAAGUAUAAUAGUGUGGGCUUUUAUCAGAUGUCUAAGAUUGCGGUUACGCCAUCAAUUGUUCUUGCAGAAUUUGUACUCUACAAUAAGAGAGUGUCUUUCUCCAAGGUCCUAACACUUGCAGUAGUAUCUUUUGGUGUCGCAGUGGCUACUGUAACGGAUCUGCAAUUCCAUCUCUUUGGAGCUUGUAUAGCAUUAGCAUGGAUAAUACCCAGUGCAAUCAACAAGAUUCUAUGGUCUAGCCUGCAACAGCAGGAGAAUUGGACAGCCUUGGCAUUAAUGUGGAAGACAACGCCAGUUACUUUAUUUUUUCUUGUUGCAUUGAUACCCUGGUUGGAUCCACCUGGUGCUCUCUCCUUUAAUUGGAGCUUUAAUAAUACCUCGGCAAUUCUCAUGUCAGCUAUUCUCGGCUUCUUACUUCAGUGGUCUGGUGCCCUAGCUCUUGGGGCUACAUCUGCUGUUACACAUGUUGUUCUUGGUCAAUUUAAAACAUGUGUCAUUCUGCUUGGAAACUACUACCUCUUUAGUUCCAAUCCAGGCAAGACCAGUAUUUGUGGGGCCUUCACAGCAAUCGCUGGAAUGUCUAUAUACACUUACCUAAACUUGAGGCAGCAAUCAAGCAGAACAUCCCCACGACAAGCCUCAACAUUACCAAAAUCUAAACUGAGUAAAGAAAAUGGCAACCAUGAUGGAAAUUAUGGGGCUGAAUCUGUCUAACACAAUUCAUCAGGCUUUGGCUGCCGUGUAAUUGAGCUCAAAGCCUAGUUACUGCAGACAAAUCUAGGGCAUACAACCGUUGAGAACAACGGUUCAUGGAGUCCAGGUAAUCCAUCACUCCUGAGAAGAGAGAAAAGAGCUCGAGGAGUGAAAGAUUAGGGGUUUCGGCAGCAGACCACUUUCCAUGAGUGCGCUUGACACGCUCAAUGACAGCAAAGGGAUUAGGCUUAACAUGAUUCAACACAUUCUGACAACCGUGUUUCCAAAUCUCCCAAAGAUGCCAAACAAAUAAGCUGAAGAAGAGAGUCCCUGUCAUCAACUAGCGCCGCACUCUUGUGAUCAAUCUCCAACAACCAAUCUUCAGGAGAGGAGAGACACCCUGUUUGUUUGGGGAGUACCUAGUGUUA